ACCCGUAGUCUUUUCCCAAGCCCAACAUAACAUUAGCAAAUCUUCUUGCCUCUUUUGUUUUUCGCAGACUGUCGCUUGCUCGCUCAACCGUCGCGCAUAAAGACAACAUACGCCAACUAUAGCUUCUGCUUUCUGUACUCUUUCUUGAAAGCAAACAUGUUUUUUCACAUAGUAUUGGAGAGAAACAUGCAGCUGCAUCCUCGUCACUUUGGCCGUGACCUUCGGGAAAAGCUCGUCUCAAAACUCAUGAAAGAUGUCGAAGGAACUUGCAGCGGUCGGCACGGUUUCAUUGUGGCCAUCACUGGGAUUGAAAGCGUUGGUAAAGGUCUAAUUCGUGAUGGAACUGGUUUUGUUACUUUCCCGGUGAAGUAUCAAUGUGUUGUCUUUCGACCUUUCAAAGGUGAGAUUUUGGAAGCUGUUGUAACCAUGGUUAACAAGAUGGGAUUUUUUGCUGAAGCAGGGCCUGUGCAGAUUUUCGUUUCAAACCAUUUGAUACCAGAUGACAUGGAGUUUCAGUCAGGAGAUGUACCAAAUUAUACAACUUCCGAUGGCUCCGUCAAAAUUCAGAAGGAGAGUGAAGUUAGAUUGAAGAUAAUUGGAACUCGUGUUGAUGCCACAGAAAUUUUCUGCAUUGGUACAAUAAAGGAUGAUUUCCUCGGAGUGAUCAGUGAUCCUGGCGCAAAUGCUUGAUAUAAAGCACUUUUGUCUAGCCUUUCGUGAACUAAUGGAAGUUGUUGCUUAGAGUGGGAAGAAGUACUAUGUAUUCCAAGUGCUUUGGUUGAAGACUGCAAGAUCUUGUUACAGUGUAGCAAAGCCGUGGUGUAACAUUUUCUUCAGCUGUGCCGAUUAUCUGGCGAAUCCACAUAAUCGUAUGCACUAAUUUUCUUCGUCGAUCUACAACAGUAUGUAAUAAUUUGAUAUUCAAAUGGACGAGGCAAUAUGUUUUGCUGGAUGAGAUUGGAUUGGCACUUUCGAAUCAUUUGCACAUGUGCUUGAAACCAGCAUUUCUGUAGAUUAUUGCCAUAAUUUUCUCUCGGGGGAACAAAUGUACAACUUGCUAUUGUGUAGGUCCGUGCUGUUGUUUUA